CAUUUUCACAUUAUUAAUAUAAUUAUAUUUUUCGGCAAUUUUUCAGAGGAGAAAUGGCGAUAUUGUAUGCACUGGUAGCGAGGGGAUCGGUGGUAUUGGCGGAACACAGUGCUACAUCGACAAACGCUAGUGCAAUAGCGAGGCAGAUAUUGGAGAAAAUACCAGGAAAUAAUGAUUCUAAUGUUUCUUAUUCACAAGAUCGCUAUAUUUUCCAUGUUAAACGUACUGAUGGACUCACUGUUCUCUGUAUGGCUGAUGAGGUUGCCGGAAGGAGAAUCCCUUUUGCAUUCCUUGAAGAAAUUCACCAAAGAUUUGUGAGGACCUAUGGUCGGGCUGUUCUCUCUGCACAAGCUUAUGCCAUGAAUGAUGAAUUCUCAAGGGUCCUUAGCCAGCAAAUUGAAUAUUACUCUAGUGAUCCAAAUGCAGACAGAAUAAACAGGCUAAAGGGCGAAAUGAGUCAGGUGCGUAAUGUCAUGAUUGAGAAUAUUGAUAAAGUUCUAGAGAGAGGUGACUGCCUGGAGUUGUUGGUUGAUAAAACUGCUAAUAUGCAAGGAAACUCUUUCCGAUUCAGGAAGCAAGCUCGGCGCUUCAGAAGCACAGUAUGGUGGAGAAAUGUCAAGCUCACGGUUGCGUUAAUAUUCCUUCUCCUCGUGAUAAUAUAUGUUGUUUUGGCUUUCGUCUGUCAUGGGAUAACUCUUCCAACUUGUUUGAAGUAAGGAUCACUCAUCAGCAUCUUCUGGGAUUUGGCUGUUGGUUCCUGGCUCACUAUUGUGUUUCUCAUAUGUGCAAUUCUUUGAUCUUAAUUCUCUAGAGUUGAAGCUUGAAAUCAUGUUUUGAUAUUGAUCUAGUCCUUGCAAUCUAGUAUCUGUACCAAGUUCUUCAGGGUGUCUAUUUGCUUAAACUCUUGCUUGAGAAACAUGGAAAGAGUUUAUUUGGGCCCAUGUUACCUAUUCAGCUUUAAUGUUUUGUGAAACCCGGUAUGGAGUAAAAUCAUACAUGUGGAAUAUAUAUUGCUGAUUGUCUUUUGACAUGUAUUCUGUGGUGAAAUAUAUUUUGAUGUUUUUUUUUCA